AGCGUGCCUCCUCAGGGAACUGCCUCGACCAGCGUGCCUCCUCAGGGAACUGCCUCGACCAGCGUGCCUCCUCAGGGAACUGCCUCGACCAGCGUGCCUCCUCAGGGAACUGCUUCCACCAGCCAGCCCCCCAAGGACACUGCCUCGACUAGCCAGCCUCCUGCUGCUACCACGUCGAUCACCUCGACCCUGACCACCAUCAUCCCCAGCACCUCGACUGUCUUCACCACCCAGGUCUCGACCAUCAUCUCGUGCGCUGAGGGUGUCAAGGACUGCCCGGGCAAGUCCACCACCGCCGUUGUCACCGUCUCGGUCCCUGUUUCGACCACCGUCACCCAGAUCACCGAGACCAAGACGACCGUCCUGCCCCCGGCCACCACCCCGAACGGUCCUGGCGUGCCUGCCACUACUCCCGGUGCCCCCGCCACUACCCCUGGCGCCCCUGGCACCACCGUCAACGUCCCUGGCACUACUGUUAACGUUCCCGGCACUACUGUCACCGCUCCCGGCCCGGUUGUCACCCUGCCCUGCCCUGAGGUUGUUCCCAAGUGCUUGAACACCUGGAUCUUCCAGCUUGGCUGCAAGGACAACACCGACAGCAACUGCUACUGCCCCGACACCGCCUUUGUUGAGAACGUCUUCCAGUGCUUCUACGCUCACGGCGAGUCCGACAAGGUCAUCUCCGAGGCUGUCGUCUACUUCCAGGGUAUCUGCGCUCCCCACAUUCCUGAGAACCCGGCUAUCGUCACCGGCCCCACCAUCACCUCGUACAUCACCGUGACGGCCCCGCCCACCCCGAUCGCCACCAACCCGGCCGCCAUCACCACCAUCAGCGUCAGCCAGACCACCGUGGUCCCCGUCACCGACGAUGCCGGCCAGCCUAUCCCUAGCUCCAGCACCACCGUGACCAUCAGCACCACCGUCGUCGUGCCCAAGCUCGGCUUCACCACUGCUCCUCCGGCUCCCGGCGCCACUGGCCCUGCUGGCGGUUCCGACAACGGCGGUGACAUUGGCCUGGUCCCUGUCACCGGCGCCAUUCCCGUCGUCACCGGUUCUGCUCCCGGCAGCGGUGCCACCCGCACCCCCACUGGUGGCAACGUCUCCGGUGCCCCCGCCGGCACUGGCGUUCCUCCCCGCCCCUCCACCACCGGCACCGUCCCCGUCAAGGCCGCUGGUGAGCGUGUCUACGCCAGCCUGGCCCUCGCCGUCAUGGCUGUCGUUGCUGCUCUGUAA